CGCGCAGCUGCAGCCGGCAGCAGCUCUAGCAUCUACCCUCUGCCCUCUGGCCUGCAGGGACAUCUGCUAGUCUUCCCUUGCAAGCAAGCAACGGCAAGGGGCAGCCACCGCUCUUCCUGCCCUUCCCCGAAUGGUAUCGAGCUCCCGUCGUCGCCAACGCUAGCGCGAGCCACCCACACCCAGACCGACUCCUCCCCAACACCUAGCUAAGCUACCUCCACCUCGCCACCAACUCCGCCCGCCAUGCCGGGCCUCGCCGCCAGCGACAACUCGCCCCCGGCGGCGGCCCCGCCGCCGCGCCGCCUCUCGUCGCCACUGCCGCGGAGGGCGCCGCCGUCGCCGUCCCCGUCCACCUCCUCGCGCGCCAAGCCCAGGAAGCCGCCCGCCGCGCCGGCCGAGGCGGACGAGUCGCUCGACAACCCGGAUCUGGGGCCCUUCCUCCUCAAGCAGGCGCGCGACGCCAUGGUCUCCGGGGAGGGCGGCGGCGCCGCGCGCGCGCUCGAGUUCGCCGAGCGCGCCGCCCGGGCGCUCGAGCGCCGCGGGGAGGGCUCCGAGCUCGAGCUCGCCAUGAGCCUCCACGUCGCAGCCGCCAUCCACUGCGGCCUGGGCCGCCACGCCGACGCGAUCCCCGUCCUCGAGCGCGCCGUCGCCGUCGUCACGCCGCCACCACCGCCCGCCGAGGGCGAGGGCGAGGCGGCCGGCGAGAACCACCAGCAGCAGCCUCAGCCCGAGGCCGACCAGAGGGGCGAGGAGUGGUCCCUCGCCGCCUUCUCCGGCUGGAUGCAGCUCGGCGACACGCACGCCAUGCUCGGCCGCAUGGACGAGUCCAUCGCCUGCUACGGCAAGGGGCUCGAGAUCCAGAUGGCCGCGCUCGGCGACCGCGAUCCCCGCGUCGCCGAGACCUGCAGGUACUUGGCGGAAGCACAUGUGCAAGCUCUGCAAUUCGACGAUGCAGAGAAGCUCUGCCGCAAGGCCCUCGAGAUCCACCGGGAGCACAGCGCUCCGGCAUCGCUCGAGGAGGCCUCGGACCGACGCCUGAUGGCCCUCAUCCUUGAUGCCAAGGGUGACUACGACGGUGCUCUUGAGCACCUCGUGCUUGCCUCAAUGACCAUGGUUGCCAACGGGCGUGAUAUCGAGGUGGCCACAAUUGAUGUCUCGAUAGGCAACACCUAUCUAGCCCUUGCUCGCUUCGAUGAGGCCGUCUUCUCCUACCAGAAGGCGUUGACUGUUCUCAAAUCAGCUCGUGGCGAUGACCAUCCUACGGUUGCAUCAGUCUAUGUCCGCCUUGCUGACCUCUACCACCGCACAGGCAGGCUCCGUGAGUCCAAAUCCUACUGUGAGAAUGCCCUGCGUGUCUAUGCCAAGCCCGCGCCUGGUGCUGCCCCUGAUGAGAUUGCCGGAGGCUUGAUGGAGAUUGCUGCCAUCUAUGAGGCACUUGGCGAUCUCGAUGAGGCCCUAAAGCUUCUUCAAAGAGCACUUAAGCUGCUAGAGGACUCACCAGGCCAGUGGAGCACUGUUGCUGGCAUUGAGGCACAGAUGGGUGUUCUGUACUACAUGAUAGGGAGGUAUGCAGAUUCCAGGAACUCAUUCGAGAGUGCGGUUGGCAAGUUGAGGGCCAGCGGUGAAAGGAAGUCGGCAUUUUUCGGUGUGCUGUUGAACCAGAUGGGGCUAGCUUGCGUGCAACUGUUCAAGAUAGAUGAGGCUGCACAGUUGUUUGAAGAGGCAAGGACAGUUCUGGAGCAGGAGUGUGGCGCUACGCAUCCAGAUACUCUUGGUGUAUACAGCAACCUUGCGGCAAUCUAUGAUGCCAUGGGAAGAGUGGAGGAUGCCAUUGAGAUCCUGGAGCACGUCCUGAAGGUGAGGGAGGAGAAGCUGGGCACAGCGAACCCCGACGUGGAGGACGAGAAGAAGCGGCUGGCGGAGCUCCUGAAGGAGGCGGGGCGGUCCCGGAACCGGAAGCAGAAAUCGCUGGAGAACCUGUUCGGCACCAACUCACAGCGGGCGAAGAAGGAGGCCGGGAGGAGGUGGUCCAACUUCGGGUUCAGGAGCUGAGGAGCUCCAUGGCGGUGGCCUUUGUAACAUAAAAGGGGGCGGGCAGGGGGAGGAAAGAAAAGCGCGUGUAAAGAUGUUGCCGUAGGUUCAUUAUUAGGAAGAUGAUGAUGAUGGUUGUGUUUGCCACAUGUGUUGUUGUGUGUGUUUACUUGCAUUAUGGGAAGGGAAACUGUCUGGGGUUAUUAUUACUACUGUUUUUUUUUCACAGGUAUUGUUGACUGGGUGCUGUUGUACCCUGAGAAGAGAAUUUUGUUUCUGGUGGUGGUGGGUGGUGAAUACCUGUGAUUUGUUUGUUACUGCUCCUACA